AUGACUCUGUCCGUCAGACAGCACCCCUCCUCCCCCUGCCCCCCAGAUCUCAGUGCCCCACCCCCUGUUCCAGGCCCCUUGGAGUUGAUGGAGCCAGCCUCCCCCUCUUGGGGAACUCUCUCUGCACAUCUGAUGGUGGGCAGGGGUCUCCCUUACCCAGAGGGUUCCCAGGACAGACGUGGUGGGGUGUGGACUCGGGGUGAGCCUCAAGAAAGGAAGGAGAGGAGGCGCGAGGGCUGGGGGGGCGCCCGUGCCCCCCGAGGUGCUCCAGUAGCCGGCCCCGCCCCUGCCUCCCAGCUGCACUUUAGCCCCAGAGGGGGCGGGGGUCCCGGGGUGGGGGCUGGCAGGCAGGAAGGGAGGAACCCCCCUCUGCACCCACAGCUGCCUGCAUCCGCUCUUCUGCCCCAGGGCCCCUGCCGGCCCCCCAGCCCCCUGCCAGGGGGAGCCCCGGCCCUCACGGCUGACCCGACAAGAGCUUCUGGAGCUUGUAACCAGUAG